AGAGGUGUAUCCUACAAGCUAGUAAAGUCAGCAAGGAAGAUGGCUCGUUCUGUCAUUAAAGCCAGUAACUUUUGUACAUAGACUACCUUUUCACUGUAAAAUACUAGAUGUGUUAGCAAUAUGUAGCCAAUUGCUAGAACCUUCGAACUUCUUGCUUCUGUGCAAGGUCAGUUUAUCAAAUAAAACAAACCCGUAGUUGGUCUAAUAUGUUUUGACAUUGUUCGCAUCCUAACCAUUGGUGUCUUUCUCUCAGUAUCAUGUUUCAAUAAUCUGAUUCUGAAGGUGAGGACGGACGUCCAGUCUCCCACGCGCGACCACUCAUCAAUGAUGCCGGUCUGAUGCAGCAGACAGCAUCGUUUAGAUACAACAAAGCACCUAACUACUACAUCGAUUGAGUCACUCAGUUGUAUUUAUAGCAUUAUAACAAAGGACCAUUCUCUGUUAAUUCAACUGUCAAGAGGUUAAGAGAGAUUAAGGCAUGAAAGUGGAGUGGGGUCUCCAUGAUUCCAGCCCUUAUCUGUCAGCUAUCAUCAAGGUCCACGCGCCUGUACAAAGGGAAAGCGUCGCAGUAAUGGCCUUUAAGAUUCAGUUGAUUACCAGCGUGAAGCCGCGAUAAUUACUAGAUCACUAAUCAUAAAUGUGAGACCCCGAUAAUUGUCAAACUGCUAAUGACCUUUGAUCAAAGAAAACUACUUGUUUUGAUUAUGUCUGCUCGAUUAUCUUCAAAGAGUAUCAAUAAUAGAACUCUGUUAAUGCAUUCUGAAGGCAUCAAGUUCUCAAGAUGUAAUCGGGCCCUUGCUCAUAAGAUCAUCUGGCAUUUGAAAUUCAGAUUUUCUGGACUGUGGCUACUUUCCCUUGUCAACCUGAGACACCUCAUGGCAAUGUGUCAUUGGUCAUGUUCCCUUGAUCAAACUUGGCAUGCAUCAACCAAUGGCUGCAUGCUACAUCAUCGACUGACGGAUUGCUAUCACAUAUGUGGUUAGCCUUUUUACAUGUAUAUGGCUCUAGUCCACUCUUACUGAUCUUCAUUAAUCAGUAUCCUAAAGGCAUCAUUAUCUCCCUAAUGGGCUUCUGGGAAGAGAGGCUUCUAGGGUGUUCCUGAGAAGUUUAAGUAAACAUUGACAAUUUAUACUGAACAAAAAAUAUAAACACAACAUGUAAAGUGUUGGUCCCGUGUUUCAUGAGCUGAAAUGAAAGAUCCCUGAAAUGUUCUAUACGCACAAACUUAUUUCUCUCAAAUGUUGUGAAAUAUUUUCCUUACAUCCCUGUUAGUGAGCAUUUCUCCCUUGCUGAGAUAAUCCAUCCACCUGACAGGUGUGGCAUAUCAAGAAGCGGAUUAAACAGCAUGAUCAUUACAUAGGUGCACUUUGUGCUGGGGACAAUAAAAGGCCACUCUGAAAUGUGCAACAAUUCUACAGAUGUCUCAAGUUUUGAGGGAGUGUACAAUUGGCAAGCCUACUGCAGGGAUGUCCAUCAGAACUGUUGCCAGAGAAUUGAAUGUUAAUUUAUCUACCGUAAUCCGCCUCCAACGUUGUUUUAGAGAAUUUUGCAGUACGUCCAACCGGCCUCACAACCACAGACCACGUGUAGCCACGCCAGCCCAGGACCUCCACAUCCGGCUUCUUCACCUGCGGGAUCAUCUGAGACCAGCCACACUGACAGCUGAUGAAACUGGGUUUGCACAACCUGAAGAAUUUCUGCACAAACUGUCAGAAACUGACUCCGGGAAGCUCAUCUGUGUGCUUGUUGUCCUCACCAGGAUCUUGACCUGACUGCAGUUUGGUGUCGUCACCGACUUCAGUGGGAAAAUGUUCACCUUCGAUGUCCAAUGGCAUGAUGAAGUGUGCUCUUUACAGAUGAAUCCCGGUUUCAACUGUACCAGGCAGAUGGCAGCGUGUAUGGUGUUGUGUGGAUGACCCUGGGCCAUGAAAUUGGCGCCGGGGCGGCGUGUCUGAAAUGCAAGGACAAGUGUGAGGGGUUUGAGCUACACUUCUGGAGAAAGAUCUGCCGGAACUGUAAGUGUGGGCUUACGGACCACGAUGUGCAGAUGAACUCUGAUGAAAACAGGAAGGUGGGCAAGCUGUUCGAGGAUACCAAGUACACUGGCCUCAUUGCCAAGCUCAAAACUGACGGUGUACCCACGUACAAGGGCAACCAGGUCACCUUCUCCAUCUCUGCCAGCCCCAUAUCAGGAACCGCUGUUCCAUACAGUCCCCAGUCUGCCCACAAUGUGCCAGCCAAUGCUGGCUAUGGUGAUGGAGCUGGGCCCGGAGCUGGCUAUGGGUCCGGGGCUGGAGCUGGGCCCGGAGCUGGCUAUGGGUCCGGGGCUGGAGCUGGGCCCGGCGCUGGCUAUGGGUCCGGGGCUGGAGCUGGGCCCGGCGCUGGCUAUGGGUCCGGAGCUGGAGCUGGCUAUGGUGCUGGGGCUGGACCCGGAGCUGGUUAUGGGUCCGUGGCUGGAGCUGGGCCCGGCGCUGGCUAUGGGGCUGGGUCCGGAGCUGGGGCUGGACCCGCUACCAUGCCCAAACCUGGGGCAAUCAGAGCCACUGCUGUGUCAGCCAAUGUCGUACCUGUCAGGAAGGAUGCCGUUCCCCUGAAGUCUGUUACCUACGAGUGGGCUCCUCCAGGGGUGAAACAGCACAUGGCGGUACGCUACAUCGAGCUCCUGCCCCCAGAGAGGCGUCCCAUAGCGGGCACGGAGGGUGCAGCCUACCGCCGGCAACAGAUGGCAGUGCAGCUACCGGAGCACGACCAGGAUCCGUCCAAGUGCCAUGAGCUGACCCCUGCAGAGGUCAAACAGAUGCAGCAGUACGUCCGCAAGUAUAAAGACGAGGCCCUGGGAGUGGGAGACAUCAAACUGCCUGAGGAGAUGAUGGGUCAGGAGGGAGGACCAGGACAGGGAGCGCCAGGCAUGGGAAGACAUGGAAUGGGAGCCCCUGGGCUUCCAGUUGGGGCUGGGGGAUCAUUUGGUCCUGGAGUUGGGGCUGGGGGAUCCUUUGGUCCUGGAGUUGGGGCUGGGGGAUCCUUUGGUCCUGGAGUUGGGGCUGGGGGAUCCUUUGGUCCUGGAGUUGGGGCUGGGGGAUCCUUUGGUCCUGGAGUUGGGGCUGGGGGAUCCUUUGGGCCUGGAGUUGGGGCUGGGGGAUCCUUUGGGCCUGGAGUUGGGCCUGGGGCAUCCUUUGGGCCUGGAGUUGGGCCUGGGGGAGCCUUUGGGCCUAGAAUUGUGUCUGGGGUAGCCUUUGGGCCUAGAGGUUCUGGUCAUCGAACAAGGCUUGGGUCUGGGAGUAUACUCGGGCUAGUGGUACAGGCUCAACCUGGGAUGGGGGCUGGAGGUUACCCUGGGGCAGGAGAAGGUGGACCAGGAGACAUGGGUACUGCUGCCACUGCUGGGGCCAUGGGUACUCCGGGAGCCCCUGGAGAUCACCUGGCUGGACCCUGUGGACACUAUUCGUGCCACCAGUGCCAGCUGACCAUGCGUCAGGGUGAGCCUGCAGUGUACGCAGAGCGUGCUGGCUAUGACAAUCUGUGGCACCCAGCCUGCUUCGUGUGCUGCACCUGCUCAGAGCUCCUGGUGGACAUGAUCUACUUCUGGAAGAAGGGACAGUUGUACUGCGGACGCCACUACGGAGACAGUGAGAAGCCACGCUGCGGGGGCUGUGACGAGCUGAUCUUCAGUAAUGAGUACACGCAGGCUGAGGACCAGAACUGGCAUCUGAAGCACUUCUGCUGCUUUGACUGUGACUGUGUGCUGGCUGGAGAGACGUAUGUUAUGGAGAACAACAAGCCUGUCUGCAAGCCCUGCUACAUGAAGAGCCACGCCGCGGUGUGUACAGCCUGUCAGAACCCAGUGGAGCCCGAGGCCCAGCGCGUGUCCUACGGGGAGUUCCACUGGCACGCUGAGCCUCAGUGCUUCCAGUGCUCCUGCUGUGCUAAGUGUCUAAUUGGAGAGCGCUUCAUGGCCAUACAGGGAAUGCUCUUCUGCUCUGUCGAGUGCAAGAAGAAGACCAUGACCUAGAGAAGACCGUGACCGCAGUGUACCAUACAGCAGCUCAACCUUCUCCGGCAUCCCGACCACAAUCGUAAUUUGAACUAAGCCUGGUCUAGAAUACAAACAAUAGUCUAACAAUGAAAUUAUUAAUUAGACUUGACCACAAGAGCUUAGCUAAUUAUUUUCAGUUUCCAAGUUCCUGAUGGGAUGGGGAAAGUAAUGCCUUAAAUCUAUUGAUUUGUCUUCUCUUAACAAGAUUCCCCUCUACAUCUUCUCUCUACAUGCACUGUUUUGUUCCACCUCUUUGUUUACUGAGAUUCCUUUGGUUGGAUUUUUUUUUUCCAGAACACUUUCCUCCUUCUGAGUUUAAAGCAGCUAUGGAUGAUUCUCAACUCUGUCUACUCAAGUUUUUUUUUGGUAUUGUAUCAGGAUCCCCAUUAGCUGUUGCGAAAGCAGCAGCAGCUACUCUUCCUAGGGUCCACAGAAAACAUAACUUGACAUGGUACAGAACAUUAGUAGACAAGAACAGUGUCCUUCCUCAAAUCCGGCUGCUUUCUCUCUAGAAUGUACUACUGAACUCUAAGCAGUAUUAUGAUUAACAAUUGCAGUGUAAUAGUAUUACAAUACGUGAUACUUUAUGUGCAGUAUUUCUGUUCUGCAGGAAGCAGCCUUUCAGUGUUGUAACAGGCUAUGCAGACUAUGCAAUGUGACCAACUGAUUCUCUCCAACCCAGUCCUGGAGAACCCCUGAUAACGCAGGCUUUCACAAGUGACAUUAUUAUGGACAACAUCACUGAAAUGUGAAGGCAGGUGAUGUCAUAUCUUCAGAACAUCUUAAAAUGAUGAUGUACUUUGGAGGACCAAUGAAAUGAUCAGGAAUCGUCGAGUAGUUAUCUGUACUGUGGCGUCAACUUAUCUACUGCCUUCUCUCCUUCCUGCAGUCUUUUUAUAUUAUAAUCGGUUUCCCUCGCAGUCUUCACAAUAAGUGCCAUUGGCUUUCCUUUAUUUCUCUUGCACUUUAUAUUUUAUCCUCACACUGUAACAACCUAAUAAAGUUUUUUUGCAAUGA